GCUGCUCGUCCGUCUUGUCCGGGGUGUCUGCCGCCGGGAUCUGAUGUGCUCGGGCUGAGCGUCGCGUCCAUUGUGUGUCCGGCAGCAGGCUGGUGGCAGGAUGUCAGUGGCAGGACUGAAGAAGCAGUUCCAUAAAGCCAGUCAGCUUUUAAGUGAGAAAAUUAGUGGAGCAGAAGGAACAAAACUUGAUCAUGACUUUCAAGAAAUGGAAAAAAAAAUUGAUGUCACCAAUAAGGUGGUUGCUGAACUGCUCUGCAAGACCACGGAAUAUUUACAGCCAAAUCCAGCUUAUCGAGCCAGACUAGGAAUGCUAAACACCAUGUCAAAAAUCAGAGGACAAGUAAAAACUACAGGUUACCCUCAAACAGAAGGAUUACUGGGAGAUUCCAUGCUCCGGUAUGGGAGAGAACUGGGAGAGGGUUCAGAAUUUGGCAGCGCUUUGCUGGAUGUCGGGGAAAGCAUGAAACAAAUGGCAGAAGUGAAGGACUCUCUGGAUAUUAAUGUCAAGCAGAACUUCAUUGAUCCUCUGCAGUCCUUACAAGACAAAGACUUGAAAGAAAUUGUGUAUCAUUUGAAAAAGCUGGAAGGUCGACGCUUAGAUUAUGAUUAUAAGAAGAAACGACAGGGAAAAAUUCCAGAUGAAGAAAUCCGACAAGCGGUGGAAAAAUUUGAAGAGUCUAAAGAAGUGGCGGAACGAAGCAUGUUUAAUUUCCUAGAGAACGAUUUAGAACAGGUGAGCCAGCUGGCAGUAUUCAUAGAGGCUGCACUAGACUACCAUAGGCAAUGUGCACAGAUCCUGGAAGACCUCCACAGCAGGUUACACAACAGAAUGAAUUCUGCAUCCAGUCGCCCUAAAAGGGAACACCACUCAAGAUCAAUAAUGUCUGUACUAGACGCAGAUGAAAGGCUCCAACAUAAUGGCAUCUCCAGAAGUUCCUCCGUCAAGUUAUCAGGCUCUACCUUGCAGUUGGAUCAGCCUUGUUGCAGAGCUCUGUAUGACUUUGACGCAGAGAAUGAAGGUGAACUUGCCUUCAAAGAAAGAGACAUCAUCACAUUGACCAACCAAAUUGACGAGAACUGGUAUGAAGGCAUGGUUAAUGGGGAAUCAGGGUUUUUUCCAAUUAAUUAUGUUGAAGUUGUGGUUCCCCUUCCACAGUGAACAUCACACUAACACUUCGGAGACCAUAUAUAAUUGACAAAGAGACUCUUGAAGCCUUUUGGAUGUGGCAUUCUGUGAACGCCUUGCUAAUUGAGUGACUUAAAUUUUAUUGUCAUCUCUUUUAUAUGUAUUUAUUUUGUAUCGAUUUUUAUUUUUCUGAAAACAUUGACACUGUUACAAGGAUGUGCAAAAAAGAUUCUAUUUUGUCAUUGUAUGGAGAGUGUAUCAUAUGUGAUAUCUGUUGCAUGUAUGUUGACUAUUUUUUCAUUUUUUUCCCUUAAAUCCUUUCAAAGUAUUUUAAACAUGUUAUUUCACUUAUGAAAAUUAGAAAACACCAGUUCUUAACUGUGAAUAUUUUAAUACAUGUUGCACAAUUCGACAUUGUAAAUCUGUGUCAAAUUUGUGUUGUCUUAAUGUAAAUUGAUGUCUAUAUGACCAUAUAUAAUAAAUACUGUA